UUUUUUUUUUUUUUUUUAAAUCCCUGUCCUCUCCCCAUCAACCCCCCUUUUCAAGGCAAACUUUUGGCAAUAGCAGAGAUAAUCGUUUCGUGCUCCGUUGAAUUUCUCCUCGCAAAUGUCUUUCGAGCAGGGGAGCCAUUAAAAAAAAAAAAAAAAAAAAAAAAAAGAUUACCAGAGAGCCCGCACCGGGAGCAGAGGAGAGACACUGGGAUCCCAAUAAAUAUGCAAAGUGAAGGCUCUGCUGAGCAGAUUUCUUGCAUUGCUUCCUGGGGGUGCUGAGAACCGCCCGGAAAAUCAUUCUGAUAUUUUUUUUUUUAAGUGCAUUUGGUUGUCUUUUUUUUUUUUUCCUGGGUGGUAUUUAUUUAUUUAUUUUUUAAAUUAAAAUCAUAAUAAGACUAAAGGACCGAGGAGGCAGCGAGGCGCUCGGUGACCGGCUCGGGAGGCUCGCCCGGGAGGUGAUCUGUAUGCAAGGUGCCUAGAACGGGGUGCGAGACAUGCAACCGGCAAGCAAGCUCCUGACCCUCUGCUUCCUCAUCCUGAUGGGCACAGAACUCACCCAAGUGUUGCCUACCAACCCAGAGGAAAGCUGGCAGGUCUACAGCUCUGCCCAAGAUAGCGAGGGACGUUGUAUAUGCACAGUGGUGGCACCUCAACAGACGAUGUGCUCGCGUGAUGCCAGGACAAAGCAGCUGAGACAACUAUUAGAAAAGGUGCAAAACAUGUCCCAGUCGAUAGAGGUGUUGGACAGGCGGACUCAAAGAGACCUACAGUACGUUGAGAAGAUGGAAAACCAGAUGAGGGGACUGGAAUCAAAAUUUAAGCAAGUGGAAGAAAGCCACAAGCAGCACCUGGCAAGGCAGUUUAAGGCAAUAAAAGCGAAAAUGGAGGAACUUAGGCCUUUGAUACCAGUGUUGGAAGAGUACAAAGCCGAUGCAAAAUUGGUAUUGCAGUUUAAAGAGGAGGUCCAGAAUCUGACGUCAGUUCUAAACGAACUCCAGGAAGAGAUUGGCGCCUAUGACUACGAAGAGCUUCAGAACAGAGUGUCAAAUCUUGAAGAAAGGCUUCGUGCAUGCAUGCAAAAAUUAGCUUGUGGCAAGCUGACGGGAAUAAGUGACCCAAUCACAAUUAAAACUUCGGGGUCCAGGUUUGGAUCAUGGAUGACGGACCCUCUUGCUCCCGAGGGAGAGAACAAGGUCUGGUACAUGGACAGCUACCACAACAAUCGCUUUGUCCGUGAAUAUAAAUCCAUGGCAGAUUUCAUGAAUACCGACAAUUUUACCUCCCACCGUCUCCCUCACCCAUGGUCGGGCACCGGUCAAGUGGUCUACAAUGGCUCUAUCUAUUUCAAUAAAUACCAAAGCCACAUAAUUAUCAGGUUUGACUUGAAAACAGAGACCAUUCUCAAGACUCGCAGCCUGGAUUAUGCCGGCUACAACAACAUGUACCACUACGCCUGGGGUGGCCACUCGGACAUUGACCUCAUGGUGGACGAGAACGGGCUGUGGGCUGUCUAUGCCACCAACCAGAACGCGGGCAACAUCGUCAUCAGCAAGUUGGACCCCAACACCUUGCAGAGCCUCCAGACCUGGAACACCAGCUACCCGAAACGCAGUGCCGGGGAAGCCUUCAUCAUCUGCGGCACGCUCUAUGUCACCAACGGCUACUCGGGAGGUACCAAGGUGCACUACGCCUACCAGACCAAUGCCUCCACCUACGAGUACAUCGACAUCCCCUUCCAAAACAAGUACUCGCACAUUUCCAUGUUGGACUACAACCCCAAGGAUCGGGCCCUCUAUGCCUGGAACAACGGGCACCAAAUACUUUACAAUGUCACCCUCUUCCAUGUCAUCAGGUCUGAUGAGUUGUAGUCCAUCCUUGUUUAGAAACUGAUUUAGGGGGGAAAAAAAAAAAAGGAAAAAAGGGAGAAACAAAUUUAAAAAAAACAGCCAACUAAUAUCAAGGAAACACACUUUAAAUAAGUAAAUAUAUUAACAGCUGCCAAAAUUAAGACCAACAUCAUGGAGGACUAUUCAGCAUAAACCUGACAGAUCAGCAUUACCUCUACAUUUCUAGAAGUCUGGCCCUGUGUUAUAGACUCACGAAUAACCAUGUGCUUGCAGCUGGAACUGCACUUCAAGAACCACUUGAGUUUGGGGUUUUGUUUUGUUUCUGUUCCGAUAGCAAACCUAUAGUACAUACUAAAGAAGUAAGGCAAUGACUGUUGAAAGUUUAUCCUUGGGAGACUCGCUCUCUUCUGUGUGUGGGUUGCAUGGACAUUUUUCCGACAUCACGGUCAGCUGUGAUGGAUGUGUGAUUUGUAUUUCUAAGCAGAAAAAGCUGACCCGUGAGGAGCUCUCGCUGUCUGAACAAGACCUAUCACAGGUUAGUUUUCCUCGCCUUCCAUUGCAGCUACUGUCUCUCAACUGUGUUCUUGUCACUUAGAUUAACUGUGCUGAGACCCGAAGUAGCUCAUGGAUCUGUGUCUUAGUAACUAUUAAACACGAUGGUUUAAGUAUGUAUUAUGAACAAGUUGUUGUACCCAUAUUGUUUGAACUUAUGUAUUCAGCAAAUAUAUUGUAUAAUGUAUGUCUGUUAUUUACCAGAGGUGGCAAAACUUUGUAUGUCCAGUUUAUGCAAUGAAUGUUGUAAAUGCAAUGAUGUAGUUUGGAUUAAUAAAUGAUGGCUUUGUUUCUAAAAAGAAAAAAAAAGAUCAGUGUUCACCCUUAUACACAGGUAACCAAUUUCAUGUUGAUAAUUACAAGAAUAUUCUCUUACUGUUAUACUAUCUACAUAGCAUUAUGGUGGAUGGAAGUGGCUUCUGUGGAAAUUCUGUGGCGUCAGAUUCCCCUGGGAAGCCCUGUUUAUGGAAGUGUGAAGGUAAUUAAUUUUUUUUUAAGAGGAAAACUUUGUACUAUCCACAGUUAUCUAAGGAACAAUAAAAAUAUUAGGAGACUUC